GGACAUCUAAAGAAGGUCACAGAACAGUAUCCUGAUGAUGUAGAGGCAUGGAUUGAGCUAGCCCAAAUUCUGGAACAGACUGAUAUACAGGGUGCACUGUCAGCCUAUGGUACAGCCACACGCAUUCUGCAAGAGAAAGUACAGGCUGAUGUCCCACCAGAGAUUUUGAAUAAUGUGGGUGCUCUGCACUUUAGGCUGGGAAAUCUAGGAGAAGCAAAGAAAUAUUUUUUGGCAUCACUGGAUCGUGCAAAAGCAGAAGCUGAACAUGAUGAGCAUUAUUACAAUGCUAUCUCUGUAACAACGUCCUAUAACCUUGCCAGACUAUAUGAGGCGAUGUGUGAAUUUCAUGAAGCGGAAAAGCUGUAUAAAAACAUUUUAAGAGAACAUCCUAAUUACGUUGAUUGCUACUUGCGCUUGGGAGCUAUGGCUAGGGAUAAAGGAAAUUUUUAUGAGGCUUCUGAUUGGUUUAAAGAAGCACUUCAAAUAAAUCAGGACCAUCCGGAUGCUUGGUCUCUGAUUGGUAAUCUUCAUUUGGCUAAACAAGAGUGGGGUCCAGGACAGAAGAAAUUUGAAAGAAUAUUGAAACAGCCCUCCACACAAAAUGAUACUUAUUCCAUGCUGGCUCUUGGCAAUGUCUGGUUGCAGACUCUACAUCAACCCACAAGAGACAGAGAAAAGGAGAAGCGUCAUCAAGACCGUGCAUUAGCGAUCUACAAGCAAGUGCUCAGAAAUGAUCCAAAGAACUUGUACGCUGCUAAUGGCAUAGGAGCUGUCUUGGCGCAUAAAGGAUAUUUCCGCGAAGCUCGUGAUGUUUUUGCCCAAGUGAGAGAGGCAACAGCAGAUAUCAGUGAUGUGUGGCUGAAUUUGGCACAUAUCUACGUAGAACAGAAACAAUACAUCAGUGCUGUGCAGAUGUAUGAAAACUGCCUCAGAAAGUUCUAUAAGCAUCAAAAUACUGAAGUAUUGUUGUAUUUGGCCCGGGCACUCUUCAAAUGUGGCAAAUUACAGGAAUGCAAACAAACUUUGUUAAAGGCAAGGCACGUAGCACCAAGUGAUACAGUCCUUAUGUUUAAUGUGGCUUUAGUGCUACAAAGACUAGCUACCUCUGUCCUGAAAGAUGAAAAAAGCAACCUAAAGGAGGUGCUUAACGCUGUGAAAGAACUGGAACUAGCCCACAGGUACUUCAGUUACUUGAGUAAAGUAGGUGAUAAGAUGAGAUUUGACUUGGCACUUGCUGCUACGGAAGCUAGGCAGUGUUCGGACUUACUGAGUCAAGCCCAGUAUCAUGUGGCUCGGGCACGCAAGCAGGAUGAAGAAGAGAGGGAGCUGCGUGCGAAGCAAGAGCAAGAAAAAGAGCUGCUUCGCCAAAAACUACUGAAAGAACAGGAAGAGAAGCGCCUAAGAGAAAAAGAAGAACAGAAGAAACUUCUGGAGCAAAGAGCUCAAUAUGUGGAGAAAACCAAGAAUAUUCUGAUGUUCACUGGAGAAGUAGAAGGAUCAAAGGAGAAAAAACGUGGUGGUGGUGGAGGCAGGCGUUCCAAAAAAGGAGCAGGUGAAUUUGAUGAGUUUGUCAACGAUGACAGUGAUGAAGAUCUGCCCAUGUCUAGAAAGAAAAAGAAGAGGAAGGGCAGUGGUAGUGAACAAGAUGGGGAAGAGGAGGAGGGGGAGAGAAAGAAGAAGAAGAGGAGGAGACCCCCGAAGGCAGAUGAGGGGAGUGAUGAUGAGGAACAUGAAAAUGGUCCAAGACCUAAAAAACGACGUCCACCCAAAGCAGAGAAAAAGAAGGCUCCCAAACCAGAACGUCUGCCUCCUUCAAUGAAAGGAAAGAUCAAAUCAAAAGCCAUCAUUUCAUCAAGUGAUGAUUCUUCUGAUGAGGAUAAACUGAAAAUUGCUGAUGAUGGACAUGCUAGGAAUAGCAACAGUGAUUCAGAUGAUGGGGAACAGCAGCACAGUAAACGCAUUGUUUCUGAUAGCGAUUCUGAUAACAGAAACAAAUCUGGUAGCGAGGCAGGUAGUCCGAGGAGGUCCAGCGUCCACCCAUCUGAGGAAGAUUCUGACAGUGACAGGUCGGCUAGAAAAAGGAGGCGGUCAGAUUCGGAGCAGUCUGACAACGAGUCCGUACAGUCGGGGAGAAGUCGUUCUGGUGGUUCAGAAAACGAAUCUCGCCCAGCUUCUCGCAGUGCUGACUCAGACAGGGAUUCUGAGAGAGGGUCUGACAAUGAGGGUUCUGGCAGAGGAUCUGGUAACGAAUCUGAACCAGAAGGAUCCAACGAUGAUGGGUCUGAAGGUGGUUCAGAUGACAGUGAUUAGAUCUAAGUUACAGACCAUCUUUUUAAAAUGUUUAUGUAAAUAUAUUUCAGUUACAGGGAAAGUCCAAUUUUUAUAUUUUAAAACUGUGAUUUAAAAAAAAACCUUGAUGUUUUAGUAAACUGUUGUGAGACCUUCCUGUGACUCUUCCUAUUAGCAACUAAUGGAUGUUUCUUUUAAGUUGGCUUAUGGUGUAUUCUUAAAUUGAAACUGCUGUAGAUGAAGAACAGAAUCCCUGUACUAUAAGCAGCACACCAAGGAUGGAAUGCAUGUAAAAAUGAUGGAACAUAAAAUCUCUGUUUAGGUGAUUCCACU